AUGACGAUGAUGAGCGUUCUGGCGAACGCGCUCCGCAGUAUUGCGAGCGCGGAGCGCCGUGGCAAGCGCCAAGUCCUCAUCCGCCCCUCGUCGAAGGUCGUCGUGAAGUUCCUGCAGGUGAUGCAGAAGCAUGGCUACAUCGGUGAGUUUGAGAUCAUUGAUGACCACCGUGCCGGUAAGAUUGUAGUGAACCUCAACGGCCGCCUGAACAAGUGCGGCGCCAUCUGCCCCCGCUUCGACUGCACUGCGCGCGACUUCGAGAAGUGGGUGAAGAACAUCCUUCCCAGCCGUCAGUUCGGAUUCGUUGUCCUGACGACAUCACUUGGCAUCAUGGAUCACGAGGAGGCGCGUUCUCGCAAUACUGGUGGGAAGGUUCUUGGAUUUUUCUACUAA